AUGGUGAAGAAGACCGAAUACUAUGACGUGCUGGGUGUCACUCCAACUGCAUCCGAAUCUGAGAUUAAGAAAGCUUAUUACAUGAAGGCACGCCAAGUGCAUCCGGAUAAAAACCCAAACGACCCUCUUGCUGCACAAAAUUUUCAGGUUUUAGGUGAGGCUUACCAAGUUCUGAGUGAUCCAGCUCAAAGGCAAGCUUAUGAUGCAUACAACAAAUCAGGUUUUUGA